AAAAAAUAUCAUAUAUAUGUUUUCUGAUAAGUAAAAUAAAUAAUUUAAAGUUACAAAAGGAAAAAUAGUGAUAGUGUAAAAUAAAAAUAAACAUUGUCAGAAGACCAGUAAACUAAUUAUUAAUGGAAAAUUAUCUGUUCGAAUAAAACUUUUAUUUAUAUUUUUAUCCAUUAAUAAAAUAAAUGAAGUAUGACAACCGCCUAGGGAAAAGAAAUUAAUAAAAAGGGGGAAAGACUGUUUAUAAUACUAAACUUAGCUUUGACGCGUCUAUAACUACUGUAGAGAGAAAUACAUGAUUGACAGUUCAACUUGAAAACACAAUCUGAAGCCCCGCCCCCGCUCCGAGCCUGUGGAUGAACUGACCAAUAGCGUGCAUCCUGGCGCGGGAUCUUUUCCGACAGCCCCGCCCACUCCUAAAUCCACCCGAGCGGAGGUUGUUUUCCUCUCGGGGAGACUCUCGCUGCCUGGUUGUUUAUAUGAAGCCACGCAGCUCUUACACGCUCCCUGCACAUCCGUGACCAUCGUGUCGCUUCUGAUCGGAGGCUCGGCGGCUGACCCACACGGACAGGAUUGUCAAGUUCUCAUCUGCAAACUUGUACUUGUUGUUUGAAAGAGACGGGUCUCACUGCUCUUGUUAGUAUGAGUUCAUAAUGAAACGCCGUUUGGAGGAUCAGGAAACGGUUUUUGCAUCGCAGCAGCGGUGUCUUGCUGCCAACCCGGAAGCUUUUCAGCACGUCCAUCGCAUCCUGGCCCCUGCGCCAGCGCCAGCACCAGCUGUGUAUGAGGCCGCUGCAGAUAACAUGCAACCCACAGCAGUCCAGUACUCGGUUCCACAGGGAUACCAGGUUCCCACUGUGGCCCAAAACAGUGGUGGACAUGGUGUGCAUCCUCCUAGCCCAGCAGUCCACACAGGACCCCACCACCACAGCCCAGCAGUUCAGUCUCACGGACCCUCAGUGAUGCCGGGACAUGGACACACAGCAGCUCCACCAGCCUCUUCACAGGGCCAUCAGCAGUUCCAGAGACUAAAGGUGGAAGAUGCUUUGUCUUACUUGGAUCAAGUCAAACUACAGUUUGGCAACCAGCCUCAGGUCUACAAUGACUUUUUAGAUAUAAUGAAGGAGUUCAAGUCUCAAAGCAUCGACACUCCUGGGGUUAUCAGCAGAGUAUCGCAGCUCUUCAAAGGCCACCCCGACCUUAUCAUGGGCUUUAACACCUUCCUCCCCCCGGGCUACAAGAUUGAGGUCCAGACCAAUGACUUGGUGAAUGUGACGACGCCCGGUCAGAUCCAUCACAUCACACCGCACGGCAUUUCAGUCCAGAACAUUCCCAUCACCGGAGCAGGCACCCAGCAUCCGCCCCCGCUCCCGUCUGCUGUGAAAACCACCGCUCCACCUCUUCUUACACAAACCAUACCUGCCAAGAUGAGCAAGCCUCUUCAGCCGCCGGCAGUAACGACCAGCAGCCAGACAAAUCUGUCCAUCCCAGCGUACACCUCCCCUCGCUCCCCACCCAUGCAGCUCCACCCACCCCUCAGCGGGACCCCCACUGGCCCACCCAUGCAAAACAACCAGCCCGUGGAGUUCAACCAUGCCAUCAACUACGUCAACAAGAUCAAGAACCGCUUCCAGGGCCAGCCCGACAUCUACAAAGCCUUCCUGGAGAUUCUCCACACAUACCAGAUGUUGAGUAAGACCACGGCUGAGAAGGCAGAGUCAGUGAAGAACGACCAUGGUCUCACCACCAAAAAGCUGCAGCUCAACAAUAAACAGAGGCCCAGUCAGAACGGCUGUCCCAUCCGGCGCCACUCGACCCCGGGGAGCACACCCCCAGUCAAGAAGAAGCCCAAGUUACUGAACUUUAAGGAUCCGUCUGUGGCAGAGCCCAGCAAGCAUGGAGUCGGAACCGAGUCUCUGUUCUUUGAGAAGGUGCGUAAAGCCUUGCGAAGUGCGGAGGCCUAUGACAAUUUCCUGCGCUGUCUGGUUAUUUUUAACCAGGAGGUGAUCUCCAGAGCUGAACUGGUGCAGCUGGUCCUGCCCUUCCUGGGAAAAUUCCCUGAGUUGUUCAACUGGUUCAAAAACUUCUUGGGAUAUCGUGAAAUGGUCCACUUGGAAACUUACCCCAAGGAGCGUGCCACAGAAGGCAUAGCCAUGGAGAUUGACUACGCUUCGUGUAAGAAGCUCGGCUCCAGUUAUAGAGCACUACCCAAAAGCUACCAACAACCCAAAUGUACCGGCAGAACGCCUCUUUGUAAAGAGGUUCUAAACGACACCUGGGUCUCCUUCCCCUCUUGGUCUGAAGACUCCACGUUUGUCAGCUCCAAGAAGACUCAGUACGAGGAGCACAUCUACCGCUGUGAAGAUGAACGCUUUGAGUUGGACUUUGUCCUUGAGACCAACUUGGCCACCAUCAGGGUGCUGGAGACGGUGCAGCGGAAGCUGUCCCGGAUGUCUGCGGAGGAGCAGGCCAAGUUUCGCCUUGACAACAUGCUGGGCGGCUCCUCGGAGGUUGUGCAUCGUAAAGCCAUCCAAAGGAUAUAUGGAGACAAGGCUCCUGAUAUCAUUGAUGGGCUGAAGAAAAACCCAGCUGUGUCCGUCCCCAUCGUGUUAAAAAGGUUAAAAACAAAAGAGGAGGAGUGGCGAGAAGCACAGCGAGGCUUCAACAAGAUCUGGAGGGAGCAGAACGAGAAGUACUACCUCAAAUCUUUGGACCACCAAGGCAUCAAUUUCAAACAGAACGACACUAAAGUGCUUCGAUCCAAGUCUUUACUUAAUGAAAUUGAAAGCAUCUAUGAUGAGCGUCAGGAGCAGGCGUCUGAGGAGAACGCCACCCCAAUCACAGGCCCCCACCUGACGCUGUCCUACGAGGACAGCCAGAUCCUGGAGGACGCAGCGGGGCUCAUCAUCCACCACAUGAAGAGGCAGACCAGCAUCCACAAGGAGGACAAGUACAAGAUCAAACAGAUCAUUCACCACUUCAUCCCAGACAUCCUCUUCUCACAGCGUGGUGAGCUGUCGGACGUGGAGGAAGAGGAGGAGGAGGAGGAGGAGGAGGAAGACAUGGAGCUGGAGGAGGGGGCACCAAAGAAGCACAAUGGGGUCUCAGUUAGCGGGUCAGCUUCUAAGUCCAAGUUGCUGUACAGCAGCAUGGCAGCGCAGAAGCUUCGUGUGUGUGAGGACGCCUACAACCUGUUCCUGGUCAACAACAACUGGUACAUCUUCCUGCGGCUGCACCAGACGCUGUGCUCGCGGCUGCUGCGGCUCUACGAGCAGGCGGAGCGGCAGAUCGAGGAGGACGUCCAGGAGCGGGACUGGGAGAAGGAGGUCCUGGGCCUUAAGAAAGACAAGAACGACAAUCCGGCCAUUCAGCUCCGACUCAAGGAGCCCAUGGACAUUGAAGUGGAAGAUUACUACUCAGCCUUCUUGGAAAUGGUGAGGAAUUUACUGGAUGGAAACAUGGAAGCUUCUCAGUAUGAGGACUCUCUGAGGGAGAUGUUCACCAUCCACGCUUACAUUGCCUUCACCAUGGACAAGCUCAUCCAAAGCAUUGUCCGGCAGCUCCAGCACAUAGUGAGCGAUGAGAUCUGCGUCCGGGUGACAGAACUUUACCUGUCGGAGAGCACAAAUGGAGCCACCGGGGGAUCUGUGUCCACACAGGCUUCAAGGAGCUCCUUAGAAGGAAUCUACCAGCGGAAAGCUGAGCAGCUCAUGUCUGAUGAGAACUGCUUCAAGGUGUUGUUCCUGAGGAACAGAGCGCAGGUGCAGCUGACGGUGGAGCUGCUCGACACAGAGGGAGAGAACUCAGACGAGCCCAUGGAGGCGGAGCGUUGGUCGGAUUAUGUUGGCCGCUACUUAAACCCAGAUUCCACCAGUCCUGAGUUAAGGGAGCACCUCACUCAGAAGCCUGUGUUCCUUCCAAGGAACCUGAGACGGAUCAGAAAGUACCAGAAAGGCAGAGAGCAGCUGGACAAGGAGGUUUGCGAGGGGGGCAAGAAGUCCCUGGAAAAGGAGAAGAUGAAGUGCAUGUUCAAACUCAAUUCAUAUAAAAUGGUCUACGUCUUCAAGUCUGAGGACUACAUGUAUCGACGCACCGCCCUGAUGAGAGCUCAACAGUCACACGAGAAGGUGAGCACGCGACUGCACCAACGCUUCCAAGCCUGGGUGGAGGCGUGGCUCAAACAGAACGUCCCCUGCGACAUGAGCAGUGAAACCAACAUGUGGCUGAUGGGCGAAGGGCGGGACGGCCUGCUGCCCUGCACCACCACACGCCACCCAGAGCUCCUCCACUUUAUGAACAUUAACAAGUACCGAGUCAAAUACGGCACGCCGAGCAAGGCGCCGUAGCCGUCCAGAGAAAGGCUUGUUGUUUGGUCAGGAGCAGAGGUAGAGAUGAGGGCGUAUAGAUGUUUUUAGAGCCAACAUGAGAGCACAAUGAUGGUAGUUACCUUGUGUGUGUGUUGCAUCCAGGGCGGCAGGGUUACACACUUUUUCUUUUUCUUUUAACCAGUGUUUUUAGCUAGGCCCUUUUGUUCCACUGGGCCUUUUGGUGCCAAAACCUUGGAAUGGUUCCAGUCCAGUGGCAGACCUGAGCUCUUCAAGCAGCACUCAGAGCCUCGUCACAAACUUCCUUCAGCCAGUUCCAUGGGGCUGGGAAAAGAGAAGUGGUGCUUUUUGUAUUUUAUCAAAACGCAGCUUCAUUUUAGCAUUUUUGUCUUGUUUUG